CAGGCCUGCAGUCGGACAAAUCGGUAGCUCGGUACAUUAAUAAUUUCCAUCCCGUUCGGAGUUUAGGAUAUUUUCUCCACACGGUAUACAUAAUAUACGUAUACGCUUGUUCCUUCACAGUCCACAUCGACCUCUUUUUUAAUUUCUUCCUUUUCUUUUGGUUUCUUGCAAUCAAUUCUUUUCCAGUGAAACUCUAUCCCAAUUUGCCUGCUUAUAAAUGUCUUCUGGCUUGUAAAGGCUGGAUUUUUUGGAUUGCAACAAAUUAGGGUUUUCUCUAUUUAAAAUCGUACCCCAUUCGAAUAUUUAGUUUUAUGGAGAAUACUAAAUGACGAGAUAAUGAAUCCAGGAGGCAGUGCUAUUAACUCCACAGCUGCGUUUGAGCCUAUCCCACAGGAGAAACACCAGGCGGUUGAUGCAAAUCAACAUUAUACACCUUAUUAUGUCCCUCCUGGCAGUGCAUCAACAUCAUGGACUUCAGAUAGGGGUGCUAACUACAACACACAUAAUGGAGUUAUUUCAAGUGCCAGCUAUGAUCACAAUCAACAAGCUGAGGUGACUUCUGGAAAUGUUCAAGAUGGCCUUAGUGUGACAUCUUCUAGUAUUACUUCAAGUUCAGCAGUGACAAAUGUAACUCAGGAUUACAAUAAUUAUCCCACGUAUACUACCACUGAUCCAUAUAGCUACAACACUGCAGGAUAUUCCGGCUACUACAAUGGCUAUCAACAGCAAGCUAAUCAACAAUAUUCCCAACCAACGAUAGCUUAUCAAAACACAGGUGUUUCUUACCAGCCUCCCUCAUAUCAGAAUACAGGAUCUUAUGCUGCUGCUGGUCCAACUUUUUCAAGCACAUAUUACAACCAUGCUGAUUAUCAGACAUCUGGAGGUUAUCCCAACAGCGGAGGCUACCCGAAUGCCGUCUAUAAUAAUCAGUAUGGACAGUAUACUCAAUAUCCUUCUCACCAGUAUCCCAAUUCAAACUCUUCUCAACUAUACCAUAGUGCAGAUUCAGCUGCUGGAUACUGUUCUACAACUGCUGCUUCUAGCUCAGAAUCUCAACCACAGUAUCAGCAGUGGGGAGGCUACUACAACCAAGCUCAUACAGAAGUCAGUUGUGCUCCUGGAACAGAAACCCUUUCUGUUUCUAAUACAUCUAGUUUGACUUGUCCUGUUCCUAGUAUUAGUGGUGGAUAUCCAGCUUCAAGUUGCCCACCACCAGCACCUUAUGCUCCACCUUGGAAGCCAAGCUACAAUACUUCUGAUUUGUCCGCGGUGCAGCCUUCUACCACAACUGAUAGUGCUCAUGAUAGUUACUGGAAACAUUGGGCUCCAGCAUUCCAAAAUGAACACUCAAAUUCAAUGCAAGCUCAUGUUCCAACUCUGCCAGUUUCAGCUCCAACGUAUGAAAGCUUUCAAAAUAAACAGGCUUUUACAAGUGCUCAAGGACCAAGUGCUCAGUAUCACACUUCUAAUCAGAUUGCCCCUAGUAAUCCUAAUCAGCAGUCAACCUUGCAAACUUUUCAGCAAACUGUUCCACAGAUGAUUCCACCCGAGGAUGUACACAGGGUAAGCAAACUGCAGAUUCCAACAAAUCCUAGAAUAGCUUCAAAUUUGGCCUUCAGUUUACCAAAAACCGAUAAGGAUAGCUCUACAACUACUGCAGCUACAAAACCAGCAUAUGUCAGUGUUUCUUUGCCUAAACAGAAUGAAAAAGCUUCAUCCCAAGCUACUGAUUCCGUUCUCAAGCCUACUGUGUUUCCAAAGUCAUUGCGUGGGUAUGUGGAAAGGGCUUUAGCGCGUUGCAAAGAUGAUGCACAAAUGGCAGCUUGCCAAGAUAUUAUGAAAGAGAUCAUCACUAAAGCUACUGCUGACGGUACACUUUACACAACAGAUUGGGAUACAGAGCCUCUUUUUGCAUUGCCUCUUAUAGAUGGAGUGACUAAGGAGGAUAUAUUCUGUUCAAUUCCAACUUCAUCAUCUUCAAAAAGUAAAAGAAGUCCCAAUAGGCGACCCAAAAGUCGGUGGGAACCUGUACCAGAAGAGAAACCAGAUGACAAACAGGCACCUCUUACUAAUCAGACUGUAAAAUAUGGAAAUUGGAAUAAACAGUAUGCGAGUGGAAAGUCAGAGAGCAAGGUGAAUUCUUCAACUCCUAUGAAGUUCUCGUUAUCAGAGCAGAAAUCACCCAGCUUGUAUCCCUUUAGGUCAAUAAAGAGGCAGCGUAUGGGUAAUAGUACAAGUGCAACUGAAAAUGGUGAGGAGUCUAGUGAUAGUGAUAAAGAACAAAAUUUAACAGCAUAUUACUCUGCUGCUAUAACACUAGCAGAUUCACCAGAGGAAAAGAAGAGGCGAGAAAACCGUUCAAAGCGUUUUGAAAAGACAAAUGGUAAUCAAGCGGAAACCAACAAUUUUAGGAUGAAAGCUGCGGGAGCUGGAAAUGUUUAUUCUAGACUGGCAAGUGCAUCAGUACCUGGCAGAGUUUUUGAGGAAAGUGGCAGUGUAGCUGUUGAAGAUAUUGACUGGGAUGCUCUUACUGUUAGAGGGACUUGCCAACAAGUUGAAAAACGUUAUUUACGCCUUACUUCUGCACCUGAUCAUGCCACGGUAAGGCCUGAAGAAGUGUUGGAGAAAGCACUACUCAUGGUUCAAAAUUCCCCCAAAAAUUACCUAUACAGAUGUGACCAAUUAAAAUCUAUACGCCAAGAUCUUACUGUACAGCGUAUUCGUAAUGAGCUGACAGUUAGGGUUUAUGAAACACAUGCUCGAUUAGCCAUUGAAGCUGGGGAUUUGGCAGAGUAUAAUCAGUGCCAGUCACAACUGAAAACACUUUAUGCGGAAGGAAUCAAUGGAUGCCAUAUGGAGUUGGCAGCAUAUGAUUUACUGUGUGCACUUCUGCAUUCCCAUAACAAGAGAGAUCUCCUAUCCGCAAUGUCUAGAGUAUCGGUUGAAGCUAGGGAAAAUGCAGCCGUUAAACACGCUAUUUCAGUUCGUACUGCAGUGACAUCUGGGAAUUAUGUGCUGUUUUUCAAACUAUACAGAACGGCUCCCAACCUCAACAGCUGUCUCAUGGAUCUGUAUGUUGACAAGAUGCGAUAUGCAGCUGUAAGAUGUAUGUCACGUUCGUAUCGUCCCACAGUUCCUAUAUCCUACAUUGCUCAGAUUUUAGGGUUCAUAUCUGUCGGGCCCACAACUGAAGGCAGUGAUGAGGAUACAGAUGGUAUGGAGGAAUGCGUGGAAUGGAUGAAGGCACAUGGCGCAUGUCUUACUUCUGAAAAUUCUGGAGAGAUUCACUUUGAUACAAAAGCAUCUAUACCAAGCCUUUACAUACCAGAACCUGAAGAUGCUGUUUCGCAUGGAGAUGCUAGUCUUGCUGUCAGUGAUUUCUUGACCCGCAAUCUUGGGGUAUGACUGAAUUAAUUCUUCUUUUCAAGUUUCAAUUAUGAAGUGCCCUCGAGUGGUGUUGAAUAUUUGCUCGAGGAAAUGCACUCUGUUUUUUUAAUGCUCAAGAAGAUGACACUUUCAGGCACAUAUAUAGUUCAAUAGUAAUCGAUGACUCGAUGUAAGCUAACACAAAAGUAAAUUGUACUCCGUAUUCUUUUAGUGAUGGACGUGGUGGAUAUAGUUGUAUACUUGUAUGCUUGUUUUAAAGUAGACAGUUUUGGUUUUCGUUUUCUAUGUCACGUUGUCACAGAGUACAGUGGAGUUGUUAUCAAGGAAAGUUGUGCAUUUUGACAAGCUACAUGAACUUUUCAGUUUUCAUU